GAAGUCGGAACAGAGGAGGGCAGACAUCAGCUAAGUAACAACACGGACAUCGUUCACGUAAACACACCGGCCGUCAUGCUUUAUGGAUGCGUCGGUACGUCCUCUGUCACCCGGACAAGAGAGUUGGCCCACUUUCUGCCGCCCUCAUGUGAACUUUCCAAGGCAACGUCAGCACGCAGCCGCUAUGGACGGAUACCGGUGCCCCGCUACAGGCGCUUCGGUGUUUUCAACAGCUUUCGCGCAUUCUGUUGCUUUGGGAUUGUAACGCACGCCCUGCGAGCAUCGCGACAGAACUGUGGACAGGUGCUGUCCUGUCAUGCAUUUUCACGAGGUCAUACUGCUGCGGAGCUGACACUGGCAGUGGUACAAGCCCGGAACUUCACCCUCGAUUGCUCCGUUCUCUGCUACGCAUUGUGCCCCAGAAGGCGGCGGCAGCACUCCUGUUCUCAAAAACGGACCUGUCCCAGUACAAGUCAGGGAACAUCCUCUGGGCUGUCGUCCAGCAUCUCUGAUUUCCCAGUCGUAGUUUAUUUUACAGCAUAUCCAGCCAAGCAAAAGUGUAGUGAGCCAUCCCUCAUUAUUCAUCAUUAUGUCGAGCCGGCGGAAGGCUUCCACUCCCUGUAUGAUCCGACCACAGGAGACCAUGGUGGCACUGGAUGAGGAGGAGGAGACAACAGAGAACCACACUGAGGAAGAUGCUAUGGAGACAGAUCCAUCAGGUGACCAAGACUUGAUCGGGAAGACCUCUGACUCCCCAGCAGCACCUGACAUCCCAGUGUCUGAGUCGUCAGACAGUUCCAAGUCUACACGGAAACAGCAAAGGGGCUAUGAGUGCAAGUACUGCACCUUCUCCACUCAGAACCUGAACACAUUCAAGGAACACGUGGAUGCCAACCACCCCAAUGUCAUCCUCAACCCACUGUACGUGUGCGCUGUAUGUAACUUCAACACGAAAAAGUUUGACUCUCUGACAGAACACAACGAUAGGAAUCAUCCCGGGGAGAACAACUUCAAGUUCAAACGCAUCAAAAUGAACAAUCAGACAGUUUUGGAACAGACAAUAGAGGGCUGCAGCAGCAAUGCAGUCAUUUACAAUAGUUCCAGUGUCAUAUCUGGUAAAGCAGAGGGGCAGAGCACUGUUUCCCUCAGCAAAACCACUGCAGCCAAGUUGGGGAAACAAAAAGUCCCGUCCUCAGAUAAUAAACGGACGGAGCCUCAGUUAUGUAAACUGAACCCCGACUUGAAGAAAGCAAUCACGGCACUCAAUGUCAACGGGACAGUCAUCAUCCCAGACUCAACUCUUCUCAAAGCAGACGGCCUUUCGCACAUCAUGCCUUCCCUGCAGCGGCCUGUAAACUACACCCAGGUGCCGAAGAUUGCGAUUCCCCUCAACACAAGCAAAUACAAUCCAUCGCUGGACGACAACCUGACCCUCAUCUCUUCUUUCAACAAGUUCCCGUACCCAACACAAGCUGAGCUCUCUUGGCUUACCGCGGUCUCCAAACAUCCGGAGGAGCAAAUUAAAGUCUGGUUUACAACUCAGCGGCUCAAACAGGGCAUUAGCUGGUCACCGGAAGAGGUAGAGGAAGCAAGAAAGAAGAUGUUCAAUGGAACAAUCUCAUCUGUACCUCAGACUUUCACCGUUGUAACCCCUCAUCUUACCACUCAGUCAUCCGCCAACACACCACCAGUAACGAGCGCAGUUUCGAAAUGCGUGCAGCCUGCGGCUUCAGUCCUCCAAUCCGUCCCUUGUCAGCUGCUUGGACAGACCAGUCUGGUGCUGACUCCCGUUGCCAACGGCUCGACUGUUACCUGUGCACCACUGGCACUCACGUUGGCAAACCAGGUUGCUCAGUCGCUCAAACGACCCUUGCCCUCACCCUCAACUGCCUCCGAGAGUAAACGGCCCUCCAUCAUUCAAGCCAUAUCGACGCCUAUUGCCACAUCCAAGCUCGCCUUGCCCAAAGUGUUAAAUUUCACUGCAGACCCCAACAAAACAGCUGAGCAGCUAUCAGUGCUGCGGUCCAGUUACAUGCAGUGUCCUUUCCCAGAGGAAGAAGAGAUCUACAGGCUGAUAGAGACCACCGGGCUGUCCAGAGGCGAGAUUAAGAAGUGGUUCAGUGAACAAAGGCUCCUUAAUCUCAAAGGUGUUCAUCCACCCCCAGUGUUGGUGAAAGCUGAGGUGACUCCAGUACCUAAAGAUGGACCCGUUAGGAGAGCGGUCCCGAGCCACUUCCCCCUGCUGGAGCGAGUGAAAGGGAAGUCCUCAGAGCAACUGAAGGCACUUGAGGAGAGUUUCCAGAGAAGCGUCGCUCCAACGGACGCUGAGAUUGACCAACUGGCCCAGGAGACCAGGCUGUCCAAGACUGAAGUGGACUGCUGGUUUUCUGAGCGCAGGGCGCUGAGGGACAACAUGGAGAAGGCCUUGCUCAGCGUGACGUCCAAGACAACAGAUGACAAAGGCGACAGGCCAGGAGUGUUGCUCAAUGGUUCCUCACAUUGCGAGCAGGAUGGAAAACUGCUCCAAUCAUCAGCACUCCCACCAUUCCUCUCUUCUUCAUCCUCUUCAAGCUCCCCUCCUGUGCUCGCAGCCUCCUCCCCUCAUCCCCCAACCUUGUCUGCCUCUGCAUCACCUCCCAUCCUAAAUUCAUCCUCCUCUUCUUCUCCACAUCCUCCCAUCCUCUCUCUGUCGACAAGCCCCGCUCCCAUUCCAAGUGGCUCACUCACCCUUCUGCGAGAGAUGUUCUGUCGGACCCAGUGGCCAACACCUGAGGAGUACAGUCAGCUGGAAGCGCAAACAAGCAUGGGCCGCACUGACAUUGUCCGCUGGUUUAAGGAACAUCGCUCGGCAUUGAAGAAUGGUGAGAUCCUGGCCUGGUUGGAAGCUUACCAGAGCCAAAAAGAUCAGCAGAAAUCUGGACAAGAGCUGAACGGAGAAAGUUUUGACAAACAACACCAUGGUGUAUCACUGGAAGCAAAAGUUGAGGACGUUGGCGAGAAGAAAACAGCGGCAGCAUCUUUGGAGAACUCCAAGCUGCCUAAUUCAGACACAGUACAGUGGUUGACUGAAAAACUAACUCACAAUGUGUCGGACCUGAGCCAGGCUAGGCUGGACCAGACCAGCUCUAGCAUUGCUGAAAAGGGGAGGUGGAUUCAAGUGACUGUUGCUGUGGACAAAGAGAGUGAGGGAGGAUUACAAAGACAGCGACUGGCAGCAGAUACUGAUGUUUUGACCAUGGAGCAACCAGGGAGGGUCACUGGCUGAAGAUUAUGUGAAUCCACACUCAAGUGUCACAAAGAAGGUCACGUACAAGAUGCCAAAAGUGGAAGCAAGGUUGUAUCGCCGUGCCGAUGGUGGUCACGAAGCAGAUUGGAUGUCCGCAUGCAUGUCACCCGACAUGUGGUGCAGAUGCUCAUGUUGAUGAGUGCCAAAGCUGGACUAUUUUUUUUUUUUAGAUGUAUCCUUGUAAAUAUUUUUCUGUAUUGCUUAAAAAAAGUUUGUACAGUUUUCUUGGAAGGGCAUGUUUUACUUUUUUUUUUAGAUUUCUGCCCAGGACAUAGAAUGUUUGUGUUCUCUAAAGCUCAACAUGUAAAAUAGGUGUUUAUUUGCUGAAAAUCAAUCCUAUUUUGGAGGGAAAAUGAACCUGCUUUCUGCUCAGUAUGAUUUUUUUUUUUAAUGGAACUUGCAUUACUAUAAAGCUUUCUUGUGCUCGGACACUUCAUCUCCAGCUCAUAAUUUUCUUUUGCUGCGUCUGCAUCCUGCAUCUAAAAGGAGUCACAGACAAUGUUCUUGAAGAGAAGUGAGAGGGAAGGGAUUGCAGGAGUGCAAUUUUGGCCUCGCUGCUGGUGACGAAGCUACACGCUUGCCACAAAGAGCCACAUGUGCAGACCAAGACAAAACUGCAUUAGGCCAAUGAAUGAUAGAAUGCACUAACUUGUAUCUUUUUGAAUCAGCUGGUGUGCUCCUGCAUCAGUACCCGAGGCAAUAACAGUGCAGAAUGUUCUUUCUGUCCUAUUAAUGUUGAAACAUAUAGUCUGUCUGAUCACACCAUACUGCCUUUUCAGGUCAUUCCACAUCAACCGAUGGUUCAUUAUGACGGAAAUACAAAACUUGGGAUUAUUUUUGACUGAACGUACGUUGGGGAGAUACAUGAAUAGCGAUUAAACGACUAAAGCCGUUUCAAGUGUGAAUCUUGUUCAGCUGUGAAUUAUGAACAUGUUUCGCCCGCUUUCGCCUUUCCCCAUUUUGUCUUCUCAACUUACACUGUGUGGGGGAGGGAGGGCUUAGUUAAUUCCGGUUGUUCGUGUAAAAUCGGUUCCAACAAGUUCAAAUGGCAAUUUAUUUUAAAUGUAAGAUCAAAUCUGCAUUGACUGCCUUAGAAUCAAUUUUUUUUACUUGUACUCAAGUUUUAAAGGGAUGAUUAUUUUGUCUUAUUGCAUCCUCACGCUUCAAUUCUGCAAGCAUUGCUAGAGAUUCAACUGUCACUUCUGUAUGAUAACGCUGGUUUGAAAAGCAGAAUGAACAUGUUUUCCGCUGCUUAAGUUUCAUGUUCAAGCGUCUGAGCGUAUUCUGGCUUGUUGUUGGCUUCAAAGAAAUACUGCCUGCAUUUUCAUUUUCUACUUUAAAUCUGCUCUAACUGAAUCAAUACGCAAUAGUGGUCUUGAUCUUAAUGCAUUAAAACUUGAGAGAUUGA